AUGCACUCCCAGAACCCCGGGUUUCCCAAGCGCGAUGGCAUAUCCCAAUCAUGCUGGCUCCAAGGCGUCCAGGGAGAUCCCCUCCUUCGGCAUAGGACUACUCCCCAACUGCCCGUCUCCGCCGACAUUGUCAUUAUCGGAUCUGGUAUGACCGGGACACUAGCUGCGAAAUACUGUAUCGAAGCCUGGCCCGAGAAGAGUGUGGUCGUACUAGAAGCGCGCGACUUCUGCUCUGGCGCCACGGGUCGAAAUGCAGGACACUGCAAGCCUGACCAGUGGAGGGGUUUCUCCGACUACGCAAAGAUGUUUGGUCCACAGGAAUCACUCAGGAUCCUCGAGAACGAAGGCAAAACUUGGUCUGACCUAGUCACCUAUGUCAAGGAGAACAACGUGGACUGCGACCUAUGGGUUGGUGAUACUCUCGAUGUUCCGGUGACCACGGAAGCAGCGGCCGAAGCGAAAGACACCUUCAACCAGUUCCAGGCAGCUGGUGGUGAUGUCAGUCACAUCAGAGUCACGCAUGACCCAGAAGAAGCGAAAAAGAUAUCGCGAAUCAAGCACGCCAAAGCAUGCUAUGCUUGGCAAGCAUCCACGCUAUACCCAUGGAAGCUCGCCGCACAUGUGAUGCGGGAAGCUUUGAAGAAGGGGGUGAAUCUCCAGACGCAUACACUGGUGCGCACAGUUGUUCGACAUCAAGGAACGCCAAACAGGUGGCUUGUUCACAGUGAACGUGGCGAAAUUGCAUGUAGCCAAGUCAUCCACGCGACCAACGCAUACUGCCCAGCGAUUGAGGAGUCGAUGAGAGGCCUCAUCAGACCAUCGCCGCACAUGUGCAAUGAGAUUAGCCCCCCUCCGGGUUUCAGAGGGCCAAAGGCUCUCAAGAACUCGUAUGGUGUACUCUUCCCCAACGGAGGUCUCAUAACUAUCAAUCCCCGUAUCCCGUUGGAAGGUACAGUGCUUUUUGGAGGUAGUAAUCCGGGACAGGCUGGGUUUGAGCGGUGGCUACAGGACCAUCCUGAAAGAUGGACUGAUGAUGGGCUUUCGAAUUUCCCUUCUGUGACCAAGGCUGUUCAGGAGUUCACUAGCUCGCAGAUGAUGGACUGGCCUAACACGAAAACCCCAUCUGAACAUGACAAGCACAGCUGGAGCGGCAUCAUCGGUUUGAGCGCUGAUACUGUGCCAUUUGUCGGGGAGUUGCCUGGCCUGCCUGGUCAGUGGAUCUGUGCUGGUCACCACGGACAUGCAAUUGAUGAGAGGAAGAUCAUGGGCGGAGACAGGCCUGCCCGCGUCGUUUCAAAUCACACCGUUGAGGAUGAGUCGUUUGAAGAAGCUGACUCUCCUGGCUUGUGUCAAUUGCAAAGAUCGGAAACUGAAGGAGCAGUGUGCCUUGUUGAAGAUCCUGCAACGAGAAAACAUCGGCCGCGUAACUAUCUCGAGACGCUCGAGCAACGCAUAGCUUUUCUUGAAGGCCUUCUCAGACAGUACCGGCCGGAUCUCGCCGAUGAUCAUUUUGUUCCUUUUGGGUCUCUUCCACAACAGACCCAAGCCACAGGAUCUCUACAGCCGAACGGAGGACAGAUUCAUACGCUCUCGCCUUCAUCAACAUCCGGCAGGAACGACGACGGUCUCAAAGAAGAUGACUUGGAUGAAUUGGCGUCAAAAGCUGGCCUUUUGAGCUUGAACGCAGCGGGAGCCGAGCCAUACUAUCUUGGUUCAUCGUCAACAUUUGCCUUUUCACGAUUGAUCAAUUCGUCUCUUCGUCAAGUUGUGCAGACUGAUUCUCAGUACCCGGCUACCACCAAUCAGUCGAUCGAGACUACGCUACCAAGCCCAUGUCUACUCCCAGAUUAUGAAACCGCAGUCAGGCUGAGUGAUGCUUACUUUCGAAACUUUCAUACUCAAUAUCCAUUCUUGCAUGAGCCAACAUUCCGGAACUGGGAGGCAGCAUUAGUGAACGAUUUGUCAGAUUUUGCAUCUUUUCUCACAGACCCUGUUGCGCUGUAUUUCUUGAAUAUGGUGUACGCUAUCGGUGCAUUGAUACUGCCAGACUCUGGAUACUCAGCUGAGGCUCUAUAUGCUUCAGCACAAAUGUAUAUCGAUCACAUUCUGGAGGGUGAAAUCGACAACGAAUCCACUUCGACUGGAAAUGCGGAAGAGAGUGUUCUCGGCAUACCGCACCAGGAGGUCGAUGCUGAGUACCCAACGGAUAUCGAAGAGUCGUGCAUCACUGAAAAUGGAGUUCACGGCAACCCCCGGACCUCCCCGAGCGAUCCACCAACGAACGUCACUCAAUCGAUCCAUACAUUCCGAAUCCGGCGAAUACUAAGUCGUAUACAUAGCUCAAUCUAUUCGAAACCAUCUUGUUGCUGCACUGUUCAACACAGUCACGAGGGUCACAUUCAGCAUCUCCGAGCCGAGAUUGAGGACUGGCGUGCAAAUAUCCCUCCGGUUACUCCUUGCUCAGGCGAGGCUCUUGCACUUUUUUCCACCCCAGACUGGUUCGACCUGGAGUACAACUAUGCGAUUCUCCAGCUCUACCGGGUACAGAUCAUCAGCCGCCAGGCCACAAAGUCCGUCUUCAUCGACUGCCUCAAGGCAGCAGAAAGCCUUUGCAACGGCUACCGGCGGUCCUAUCUGGGAAAGCGGACGAGCUACACGUGGACUGCCGUCCACGAGCUAUUCCUUGCUGGCCUCACAUAUCUCCACUGCCUAUGGACAUCUGCUGCUGCUCGUGAAGCACGUCGGCACGGAGAAGUCAACAGCACCUGCACAGACUGUACUAUAGUGCUUGUGCUCAUGGCAGAGCGAUGGGAUGCUGCGGCUCCCUACCGCGACAUCUUUGAGAAGCUGGCCAAUCGCACGAUCACCAUGUUGGAUGAUAGGAGCAAGCAGGAGGGGCCGUUCCUCUCGCCUUCGGCCAACACAGGUGCUUUAGAUGAGGGUGGCUUGUCAGACUGGGUCACGCAGGUUACCAACGCCGGCAUUCCUGAAGAGUUUGAUGGUCUAUUCUCCAGUUUGGCUCCUGAAUACCUACCUGAGAGCUUCUCACCCCUUUGA